GUCAAUACCUCCUUCCACCUGGAGCUCCCACAGUCUCCCACUGCCACUCCCUUCUGUUUCUUUUACUUCUAUGCUAUCCAUCCAAAUGCUGAUGUCACAUUUUAUUCCCCUGUUUCCCCCUUCAGCAACUAGUCAGCCAUGGCGGAGAAGGAAGAAGAAGAACAACAACAGAGCUACUACUACUACCACCUGGAAAUCCCAGAACCAAAUUGGCUCGCAAAACUACUCGCACUCCAAUCGGAAAUCAUCUACAACUGCUUAGUCACCAUUUUCUCCCCUUUCCUAACACUGUCCGCCAUUGCCUCCGACUCCUACCGCCGGGCAGAGCUCACAGCCUCCGCCGCCGAAUCAGCCAUCCUCGCCGCCCCUCGCAAGCUCACUCGCAGCACCACCGCGAUGAUGACGAAGAUCGGGCUCGGGAUCCUCGGUGCGGUCCAUGUGUGUGUUGUGCUCACCAUGGUAAUGGUGUUGUCUGUGGUUUUAGGGGUUGGCCUGGUGCGAAUGUGGGCAGAGGAGCCCGUUUUCUCGACGCACAAGCUUCUCUUUGAUUUCACCAAUCCGAAUCCUAGCGCCAUUGUUCACUUGGGCAACAAGAUGCCCAUUGUGGGACUAACUACUACUGUUAUCCCUGUUGGUCACACCUUUCAUGUCUCCUUGGUGCUUCUCUUGCCGGAAUCCGAUUACAAUCGGCAAAUUGGCGUCUUCCAAUUGAGUGCAGAAGUUUUGACGGCCAGCGGGGAAGUGACGGCGAGGUCGAGCCGGCCCUGUAUGCUAAAAUUCAGAAGCUUACCAGUGCGUCUGGCUCGAACCUUUAUGAUGGCAAUCCCUUUGCUGUUGGGAAUCUCCGAUGAAACCCAGAAGAUCUCCGUCGAGCUUUUAAACCAAAAGGAAGCGUACUAUCCAAGAACAGGGGCAAUCAGGGUGACAUUGAUUCCCAGGGCAGGGACUUCGUACCUUCCGCAGCUCUACGAGGCCGAAAUGGUGAUCAAAUCCAAACUCCCAUGGUCCAAGGAAGUGGUCCGCCGAUGGAGAUGGACUUUCUACGUGUGGACGUCGCUGUACAUCUACGUUUCAUCGGUCAUCAUUCUCGCCACUUGCUUUCGCCCGCUUCUGUUUCCUGUUCCGACUCGUCGCAGAACAGGGGAAGAAGCUGCAGGUGGCAAUGGUGGUGGAGAAUGGGAAGCAGAGGAAGAUACGUCGACGUCGGACAUGGUGAGGAAAUGGCAGGUGCGCCGGAGGAAGAGGAAGGCGUCGAGCUUCUUGUAUGGAGAGACUACUACCACAACGUCGGUUUCUAGUAUGACGAUGAGCAGUAGAGAUGAUGCGAGCAGUAGUGUUGUUGAAGAAGAGAUUGGGGAUUCUGAAUCUGUUUGUUUUAGUGGUUAAAUCAAAGCUCUGUUGCUAUUCUGUCUUCCUCUUCCUGUUUUCCAGUGGCUGACCGUUUAUCGGUUAACCGGAAACCGGUAUAAAGUUGAAGCAAUUCA